AUGGUUAGCCUAGGAGUGGGAAUAUUUUUAGUGGGGAGAAAGAUAGCCAAAAGUGCUAAAAACUCGGAAAAUAAGGAGCAAAAAGUCCAAAAUGAAAAAGAAAUUGAGAAGGUUCAAACUAAAUUACAGCAAGCAAAAAGUCAAUUGGCAGCCGAAAAUAAUCCGGUCGAAAAACAAAAACUACAAACGGAAAUAGAUAACUUAAAUCAGCAGUUAACUAAGUUAAAAAAAGGGAAUAAUCCGACCACUCCUCCAAUUCAAAACCCACCAACUAAUAAAACCCACCGAAAACUUACGGUUAGAUGCAACGGUGCAGUAGGAGGGAAACGGGAAUAUAUUAACCUUUCCAAUUACCAAGAACGGAUUUUAAUUGACCCCAAAAACAAAAUUUUUUCUUCCGAUAAUGCUUUGUAUAUAAAGGAUAGCCAAUAUGCUAUUUCUUUCAAUGAAGAAGAUGCUGAAAAAAAAGGAAAUAAUUUCAUUUUUGACGAAAACAAUAACAGUUUUCAACUAACACCAGUUAAUAUUCCUUCUCCUCAGCCCAAUUCUGACCAAGUAGAAAUGGAGAUUAAGUUUAUCUCGGCUGUAGAAGAUGAUCCAGGGCAAACACCAACUCCGCCUGGAAAUAAUAAUCCUCCUCCGAGCAAAAAGAAAAUAACUUUACAAUUAGGAUAUACACAUUCAUCAGGUGUUGGUCAUUAUGUUUUUAUGGAAGGAAAGGAAGAAAAUGGAAGUUUUGUUACAAAAGAAAACUCAAAAAAAAUCUACAUUAGUCAAACAAAUACGGCAGUCAAUAAGUUUUUAAAAAAAAACUCGCAAUACAAAAUUAGUUUUGAACUAGAUGCGGUUUCAGAAAGUAUUUUUCAAACUACUUCACUUUUAUUUCUAAAUGAAGAUGAUACUAUUGAAGUUGUCGAGGCAUAA